CAAUCGAUUCGAAGGCCUCCCGCAGCUACGUGUGUUGGACAGUCGGUCUUGUUCUUCUCCGUCGCUUACUCACUCAUACUCUCUCGCUCACUCUCUCUCUCUCUCUCACCCUGUCAACUUUUCACUCGCAGUCUCUCUCCAUCUAACACACGCGCAGCCGGCUCCCACUCUACUGUACGCCGCUUUUAAACUCCUGGAAAUUCACUUAUCAGCAGCCGCUGCAGUUUGGCAACAUUUGAACGUUUCUAUUUAUUAUUAUCGGUCCGCAUCACUCGGGUGUCGCAUUCGCCACCACCUCUCGCCGUACGCGCCACGCGUAGUGCUACAUAUUAAAUCAAAUCACAUAAAAUAUUAUCCGGCUCCGCGCACACUUCGCCAAACAAUAACACCCCCGAUACGCUGAAUACAUCGGUUACCACGACGCGCGCGGCAUUUAUUGGUACGCCGCGGCAGCACCAAGAAUCGCGUAUUCCUCUCUCGUCGCCCCGACCGAACGUGUUUCUCUGUCGUCGUCUUAGUCCGAGGGACGACGCGUACGGGACUGCGGACCUCGUCUCAGUUCCGCUCUCGCCCUUCGCCAACUUGUGGUCGAGACAGUUUACCGAAACAAUAACAGUCACGCUGCCAGAAAAAUGCUCAUCAAAGAGUUUCGUGUGGUGCUGCCCUUAACUGUCGAAGAGUAUCAAAUCGCCCAGCUGUACUCAGUAGCAGAAGCAAGUAAAAAUGAAACUGGUGGUGGUGAAGGCAUUGAAGUGUUAAAAAAUGAACCAUUUACCAAUUACCCACUUUUGGGAGGAAAAUAUUCUGAAGGACAGUAUACUUAUAAAAUUUAUCAUUUAGCCAGCAAAGUACCUGGAAUGAUAAAACUUCUAGCACCUAAAGGAGCAUUAGAAGUUCAUGAAGAAGCAUGGAAUGCGUAUCCUUACUGCAGAACCGUGAUUACAAAUCCAAAUUAUAUGAAAGAAAAUUUCAGUAUAGUCAUUGAGUCGUAUCAUAUUGCUGAUAGAGGUACACAAGAAAACGUUCAUGAAUUACCUCCUGAAAAAUUAAAACAACGUGAAGUACAAAUAAUUGAUAUUGGUAAUGAUACUAUUUCAUCUUCAGACUACAAAGAAGAUGAAGAUCCUAAAAAAUUUAAAAGUCAUAAGGGUGGACGAGGUCCACUUACUGGAAAUUGGAUAGAAACAGCAAAUCCAGUUAUGACUUGUUAUAAAUUAGUAUCUGCAGACUUCAAAUGGUUUGGACUACAGAACCGAGUAGAGAAUUUAAUUCAAAAGUCAGAACGUCGUCUAUUCACAAACUUCCAUAGACAAGUAUUUUGUUGGAUGGAUCGUUGGUAUGGGCUUACGUUACAAGAUAUUCGUGAAAUUGAAGAAAAGACACGAGAAGAAUUAGACAGACAAAGAAAUGAAGGAACUGUCAGAGGAAUGAAAGCCGAUGCUGAUUAAUAAAUUUUAAGUUAAUUAAACCAAUCCAAAUGCCUGAAAUUAUCUUGAAAAUUUAAGCCAUAUUUUAUUUUAACAUCAACAAAUAUGAAUAAAAACCAAUUAAAACCGGAUCUA